AUGGAGCCUCCUAGGAAGUUAAAGGGCCGCCAAAUGAUUGAGAUGGUGAAGAUCAAGAAGGUGACGAAUCUCCAAGUUACCUUUGCCAAACGCCGGGCUGGCAUUUUCAAGAAGGCGAGUGAAAUUAGCAUGCUUUGUGGCGCCGAAAUUGCAGUGAUUAUUUUUUCACCUGCUAAGAAAGUGUUCUUUUUUGUCAGUCCUUCUGUGGAAAAGUUGAUCAAUCGAUUCAGUGGCCUAAUAGAACAACCUCUUUCAGCUAACAGAUGUAUGAUGGAUGCUCAUCGAAAUGGUUGUCUCCAAGGGCUCAACUCACAGCUAAACAAGGUGAUGAAGGAGAAUGCAAGUAAAGCCUGGUGGAUGGGUUCCAUAGAUGACAUGAACCUUUCACAGCUUCAGCAAUUUCAAGCUGCUCUUGAGGAAUUAUACGAGAAUGUUAUAGAAAUCGCCAAAGAAAAAGAUGCUGAAGAGGACAAUAUUAAUCCUAAUUCUGAUGAUCAACUUUUUCUUGGAAGCUCAUCCAAUGGAACUGGACUUCCAUUUGAAUCUAUCCCCUUAAAUGCUAUCGUUGGUCCAGAAACAUGGUUAAUCCGAACAUGA